AUGGAAGAGAAUUUGGCGGAUGACGAUAUCGAAAUCGAAUUAGCACCUAUAGCUGUCCAGUUGGCAUAUGUUCAGCAGCUCCUUGGACGCACACAAGAAGCCAUUGAAUCCUUCACAGGCAUUAUCAAGCGAAAUCUGGUGGAUGAACCCUCCAUUGCUGUGGCAAUAAAUAAUCUUAUCGCAUUGAAAGGUCCCAAAGAUGUCUCUGAUAGCCUAAGGAAACUUGAUCGGAUAAUGGAGAAAAGCAAUGGACCACAGAGCUUCCAGUUUGCUCGUGGACUGGACUUGAAGCUUUCACCAAAACAAAGGGAAGCGAUUUACAUCAAUCGGGUGCUGCUGUUACUUCACUCUAAUAAAAUGGAUCAGGCUCGAGAACUUGUUACUGUGUUGCCAGGCAUGUUUCCUGACAAUGUGAUGCCAGGGCUGCUUCAAGCUGCCGUCUUUGUGAGAGAGAACAAGGUUGGAAAAGCUGAAGAAAUACUGGGGCAGUUUGCAGAAAAGUUCCCUGACAAGUCCAAGGUGGUUCUCCUUGCAAGGGCACAGGUUGCUGCUGGUGGUGGUCAUCUUCAAAUUGCUGCCGAGUCUCUUGCAAAGAUACCUGAUAUUCAACACAUGCCUGCCACAGUUGCCACUCUUGUCUCUCUUAAAGAGCGGGCUGGAGACAUUAAUGGUGCCGAUGCCAUCUUUGAUUCUGCAAUCAAGUGGUGGUCGAAUGCCAUGACUGAAGACAAUAAGCUGAAUGUCAUCAUGCAAGAGGCUGCUUCUUUUAAACUCAAGCAUGGGCGGAAGGAGGAGGCUUCCAGACUCUAUGAGCAGCUUGUUAAAAGCCACGGAAGUAUUGAGGCUUUGGUAGGGCUAAUCCGGACAGCUGCUCUUACAGAUGUUGAGAAAGCGGAACUUUAUGCGAAACAACUUAAACCGUUGCCUGGUUUGAAGGCAGUUGAUGUCGACAAUUUGGAGAAAACUUCUGGCGCAAAGCAUGUUGAAAAUGGGCCUCAACUGGGCAUCACUGAACCAUAUGAAACCAAGAGCAAAGAGAAAGCAAAGAAGAAGAGGAAGAGAAAGCCGAGGUAUCCAAAAGGGUUUGACCCUGCAAACCCGGGUCCUCCGCCAGAUCCAGAACGGUGGUUACCUAAGCGGGAGAGGUCUAGUUACAGGCCAAAACGAAAGGAUAAGAGAGCAGCUCAGAUUAGAGGUUCUCAAGGCGCAGUAGCUAAAGAGGCUGUCAAUGUUGUGAAUUCAAAAUCGAACCAAACAUCUAGCUCCAAAGGAGCAUCACAGAAUUCUGUUGCAGAGCAAUCUAAGCCUUCUUCGUCUAAGUCAUCAAGGAAGAAGUCCCGAAAUUAG